UUGGCAAUCCUGCAUGUACAAGAGUAAAUAUGGCAUUGUUGCCUUUUGUUGGUGUGAUGUGUGGUUCCACAGAGUCCACACAAAUGCAAGCAACUCACGUGACUAUUAUACCCAACAAUCGCCUACAAGACCCACCAGGCAACCCUUUUUAGAAUCAGUUCUACAGCACAAUGGCUGAGCUACCCAAAAUUGCCGAAGAAGCUCUGAAGAAGAUCGACUCUAAACUAGAAUGCUCCAUUUGUCUCGACAACUUCAAGGAGCCGAAACUAUUGCCCUGUUUCCACAUCUUCUGUAAAUCACCUUGUCUCGAGAAACUAGUGGUUCAAGCUAGCAAGGGACAGUCCCUUACCUGCCCCACCUGUCGGUACCUCGUACCUCUACCAGCCAAUGGAGUAGUGGGACUACAAACAGACUUCCAUAUCGAGCACCUCUUCGAAAUACAAGAAUCACUUCAGAAAGCCAAGAACACAAAAUGUGAAAACUGUACAGACAAAAAUGCAACCAAAUACUGUCGUCAGUGUGGUAUGUUUAUCUGUGAUGAUUGUACACAAGCUCACAAUGCAUGGAAGAUGAAUUAUGGGCACCAAAUAGUGGGCAUAAACAAAGUUGAAGCCAAUGCAGUGGGAAAGCUUGCCCCAACCAAACAGCCAUCGGUGAAAUGCGAGAAACAUUCCGACAUGGAGGCAAGGAUCUACUGCGAGACUUGCUCAGAACUGAUCUGUAACGAUUGUACUAUUCGUUUGCACAGAAAUCAUGAUUACAACUUGGCUAGGGAGGUCUACCAAAAACACAAAAAGGAAACAUUUAGAAGUGUUAAACAGCUCAAGACAAAGCUAUACAAAGUGAGUAAUGCUUUGAGUAUCUUCGAAACUAGGAGGCAAGAAGUGAAUGACCAGAGAGACACUGUUGAAGCUGACAUACACAGCGAAAUUGACCACCUACACCAACUUCUGGAAAAACGGAGAGCGGAAUUAGUAGCUAGAUUACAUAUGCUGACCCAGCAGAAACUAGAAGAGCUAGCAAUGCAGAGGAGCUACGUAGAGAUGACCGAAGCAAAGAUGAGCAGCUGCUUUGAGUAUGCUACAGCUGUUCUCGAUACCGGAACAGUGGGCGAGGUGUUGAAAAUGAGGACACCUCUAUUGAAACGAAUCGAGGAGAUCACAGCAGAGUUUCAACUAGACAAGAUCCACCCACAGACAAAGGCUGACAUUGAACUUGUUACUGCUAAUGAAAACCUACAACAAGCUUGUGGAGGAUUUGGGAAAGUUGCUUGCCAUUCUGUUAUUCCGAAGAAGGUGCCCGCUAAUAGAGACCAACAACAAGCUAGUCCAAAACAAAGGAAGGUUGCUUGCCACCCUAAGAAGAGGCAUGACCCUGGAGACGGGAGAAGACAUGCAGUACGUAUAGCAGAACCUGCACAGAUAGCACAUCAGAUGAUGAUAGGUGCAUUUGUAGGUGCUGUGAAAGGAGUGGGACAUGCAGUUGAGAAAGUAUUUCGAUAAAAGGGUGUUACAAAGGGUGCAGUAUGGUUUUUUUGGACAAUGUCUAUACACAUGUGCUGUACACAAUAUUGUUAUAAUAAUUGCUGCAAUGAAUG